AAGAGAAAAAAAGAAAAUUGUCUAGAAUAGAAUUUGCAAAUUUGUUAGAAAAAAAAAAAAAACAAGAAAGAAAACAUGAAUUUAUAUGAUUGGAUUGAUAAAAGGCAAAGUAAAAUUCUACCGCAUAAUUUGUACACAGAUCAAGUGAUGAAAAGAAUUUACACAAAACUUGAACCAUGCAAAUAUUGGAAUGACUUGUAUCCUGCCCAUUUGAAUUCUUCCGAAUACGGUGCUGUAUUUAAUUUAGAAUUUUCUCCACUUGGAAAUAUUCUUGCAGCUGCAUGCGAACGGAGGGCAAUUGUUCUAUUCGAUGCAAUAUCACAGAAACAAACUCAUCGAGUUAUGAAAGCACACACGGACAAUGUUAAUUGCAUCAAAUUUUUAAACAAUCAAACAUUUGCAACGUGUUCAGAUGACACAACAGUUGCAAUAUGGGACACACGUUUCUUAAAGAAUCGAGUACGAAUGCUUCAAGGCCAUUCGAAUUGGGUUAAGAAUAUUGAGUACUCGAAUAAGGAUAAACUUUUGGUAACAUCUGGAUUUGAUGGAAGUAUAUUUACUUGGGAUAUAAAUGCCCACACUGAAGAGGGACUUGUCUAUCAGAAAGUAUUUAAUACUUCCGGUCUGAUGAGAUGUCGGAUAUCACCGGAUGGUACAAAGUUAGUAAUGUGUACAACUGGAGGUUAUUUGAUGAUUAUUCAUCAUUUAGAUCUGACAACAUUGAGGAAAGAUUUACGUGGAUUUAGACCAACUUUAUAUAGACUGAUGCAAAUGGCAAAUCAAUUUAUACCUAAUGCAGCCAAGUUUGAUCAUAUUUUUUCGAAAAAUCAAAAGAGAAAUCGUGUAGAACUUGUGACUGAUUUUCCAGAAGAUAAUGAAGCGGAAAUUAUUCAUGCUUUGCAGAUUCAUCCUCAGGGACUUUCAAUUUUAAGCCGUAACGUAAGCAUUGACGAACGAAAUGAAUACAGUUGCAUUCAUGAUAUAAAUGAAGAAGUUUACGAUAUUACUAAAAGACGAAAACGAAAACAAACAGAUUACGAUGGAGAACCACCCAGUGAAGUUAGUAGAUUUAAAAGGAGAAUAAGACGAACGAUAGUCCCUGAAGAAUCAGAUUCCGACCAGCCAUCUACCUCGAAUGGUGUUAGAUCAUCAGUUAGAGAAAACCAACAACAACAGCCAACCACAGAUUCAGGGAGAAGGUCAAAAAUACGCAAGAGAGCGGCCAGACCUGCAAACCCAUCCACUCCUCAUGGAACCACCUAUAACCUGCUAACCACAACUUCAGCAUCAAGUGCAGUUGGGCUAGUUCAUGCCGAGAGCAAUACAAAUUCUAAUGAUGCUCCAGCAGCACCGGCGCCAACAGCGGCUAGAACUCCUCCCUCAACCAAUUUUGUACCAGACAUUUGGGCUGCUGAAAUAUCAGUAGCGGAAAGAGAAGCUCGCCAAGCUCGUCAGAGUGCUACAAACACUGUAUCGGGAUAUGAUUUUGUGUAUGCCAUCAGCAGUGGAAUAAUGCAAAACGCAAAUACAUCUACCGAUACAAGCACUGCAACUAGACCCCUGCCUCCGGUUGCUAGUAGUAGCACAACCCUUUAUCUUAAUGAUAAUCCUAUUCCGUACAGCAAGGAAUUCAUUCUUCAAAAUCCAAGUAAACUCAUGUAUUACAUUCAAGAAUCAAAUGAAGGCAGAGGUUUCAUCAAAGAGUCAUGUUUUUCAUCCGAUGGACGAAUAAUUUGUUCACCAUAUAAAAAUGGUGUCAGAUUAUUGUCAUUUUCUGAAAAUUGCUCGGAACAUCCAAGUCAGUAUAUGAAUGCAGAAUUGAAAAGAAGUCCCAGGCCACUUUUUGAAGUAAAAACCAUUGACUGUCAUAAGGACAUUGUACUUAGCACAUCAUUCAGUCCAAAGCAACCGCUUUUGGUGACAGGAUGUAAGCAGGGAAAAGUAACUUGGCACUAUCCAUAUUUGUAAAAAAAUUCUAAAAAAAAACUAAGAUUAUUCUACCGCUAACUUUUUUUAUUCUUUCAAAAUGUAUUGAAAGUUUUAAUGGAGUGUUUUAGUUUAAAUAAAAGAAUUAGUAUAACUAAUUUGAUUAUGUAUGUAUGUUGCCUGUUAACCAAUAAAAUGGGCAAGAACCCGUCACAAAUGAAAUUUGAAUUA